GCUCUUCCCUCUCUCAUACUAGCAUUUUUCUUUGGCGGUGGCGUGCGUGUGUGGAGCAGUGGAACAGUGGAACAUGGCGGAUUUGGUGGCUCUUUUUACCUCCAUCGGGCUCAGUGAGCAGAAAGCUAAGGAGACGCUAAAAAAUGAGCAGCUCAGUUCAGCUCUCAGAGACGCUAUUACACAGGCCCAGAAGCUGUUGGGAUCCAAAGAAGUGGACAAAGCCAUAGGGAACCUGCUGUACAGCAUGGCGUCUCGUCUCCGAGACCUUCGGCGCUUGACCUACUUGACUGAUUAUAUCGUCAAACGCAAGAUCAACACAGAGCUGCAAUUGGCGGCUGCAUUAGACUUUGUGAAGAGCCAUCCUGAGGAUCCUCUGGACAAGAAGGCAUUUGAGACUGCUUGUGGUGUGGGAGUUGUUGUCACAUCAGAGCAGAUUGAAGAUGUGGUUGAGCUAACCAUCAGAAAACACAAAGAGCAGCUAUUGGCUGAGCGAUACCGCUUCAACAUGGGGCUCCUCAUUGGUGAAGCCAGAGCUGCUCUUAAAUGGGCAGAUGGGAAAAUCCUAAAGAACGAAGUAGACUUGCAGGUCUUGCACCUCCUGGGUCCUAAAACCGAGGAAGACCUGGAGAAAAAACCCAAGGCAGAUAAAGCCAAACCAGCAGAGAAGGAGAAGAAGGAGGAGACGGUUGAGUCUGUGAAUGAUGUUAAGAUGGGGAAAUCUCUGAUGGAGCAGCUGAGAGGAGAAGCUCUCAAGUUCCAUAAACCAGGUGAGAAUUACAAGACUGAAGGUUACGUUGUAACACCAAACACCAUGAAACUGCUGAAACAGCACCUGGAACUCACCGGAGGACAGGUUCGGACUCGGUUCCCUCCUGAACCUAAUGGCAUCCUUCACAUCGGCCACGCCAAGGCUAUUAACUUCAACUUUGGUUAUGCUAAGGCAAAUAAUGGCAUCUGCUUCCUCCGCUAUGAUGACACAAACCCAGAGAAAGAGGAGGAGAAAUAUUUCACUGCCAUUAGAGAUAUGGUGGAGUGGCUGGGCUAUAAGCCCUAUGCCAUUACUCAUGCCUCUGACAACUUCGGUCAGCUGUACGAACUCGCUGUGGAACUUAUUCGCAGGGGUCAUGCGUAUGUGUGCCACCAGCGCAGCGAAGAGCUGAAGGGCCACAAUGUGCCGCCCUCACCAUGGAGGGAUCGGCCAGUGGAGGAGUCCAUCGUUCUCUUUGAGAGAAUGAAGAAGGGCUUGUUUGCAGAGGGUGAUGCUACGCUCCGCAUGAAGAUGAUCAUGGAGGAUGGCAAGAUGGACCCAGUGGCUUACCGCAUCAAAUACACGCCUCACCACAGAACAGGAGACACCUGGUGUAUAUAUCCUACAUAUGACUACACCCACUGCCUGUGUGACUCAAUCGAACACAUCACACACUCACUGUGCACCAAAGAGUUUCAGUCUAGGCGCUCGUCAUAUUUCUGGCUGUGCAAUGCUCUGGACCUGUACUGCCCUGUGCAGUGGGAGUAUGGCAGACUCAACCUCACCUACACGGUCGUCUCCAAGAGGAAGAUCAUCAAGCUGGUCGAGACAGGGGCUGUCAGAGACUGGGACGACCCACGCCUCUUCACCCUCACUGCUCUCAGGAGACGUGGCUUUCCCUCUGAGGCCAUCAACAACUUCUGCGCCCGUGUGGGCGUGACCGUUGCCCAGACAACCACAGAGCCCCACAUGUUGGAGGCAUGUGUGAGGGAUGUGCUUAAUGAAACUGCACCGAGGGCCAUGGCUGUCCUGGAACCUCUCAAAGUGACCAUCACCAAUCUGGCUGCUGAUGCACAGACUGAGAUUCGUGUUCCAGACUUCCCUGCAGAUGAGAAUAAGGGUAGCCAUGUGGUUCCCUUCUCCAAAACAAUCUUCAUUGAGCAGAGUGACUUCAGAGAGGUAAUGGAGAAGGGCUACAAGCGUCUGACUCCUGAGCAGCCAGUAGGCCUGAGGCAUGCCGGCUAUGUCAUCUCUGUGCAGCGUGUCAUCAAGGAUGACAGUGGUAAAGUGGUGGAGCUGGAGGUGACGUGCACCAGCUCAAAUUCUGCUGAGAAACCCAAAGCCUUCAUCCACUGGGUCUGCGAGCCCCUGCAGUGUGAAGUGCGCCUCUAUGAGCGACUAUUCCUCCAUAAAAACCCAGAAGACUCAUCUGAAGUGCCUAAUGGCUUCCUGAGUGACAUCAAUCCGAAUUCCCUGCAAGUGAUUGAAAAUGCCUUAAUUGACCGCUCAUUGAGCAAGGCCAAAGUCUUUGAUAAAUUCCAGUUCGAGAGAGUGGGUUAUUUCUCCCUGGAUCCAGAUAGCACAGCUGAUAAGCUGGUUUUCAACAGGACAGUGACACUCAGGGAGGAUCCUGGGAAAAUCUGAGAGCUCCCCUGGACCAAAGAGCAAUGGUUUUAUGUAUGCUGGACUACAUCACUGUGCAGAAAUGGCUUGUAACUUAUAGGAAAUGUAUCAGUAAUGUUUAAAAGGUGGAAAGUCAAAAGGUUGUAUGCUGGUGCUGGGCAGUGUUGGCGCUUACAUAUGCAAUGUUCUUGUGUCUCAUGCUGAACUCCUUUCAUAUGUCUGGGGAAAGAUACAAACUUUUGGAAUAAAUCAUAUUUAAGUAAAAAAAAAAAA